AUGGCGCCGAACCGAUCUCAUCCGAUUCCGAUUCACAGAUCCGCAUCACAUACCCCGUCGAUGCUAGUGAAUGCCAAGAAGUAUCUUUCAGAUCGGCCACAACUUUUAGAUUGCCCUCGCUGUAAAGCUCACGGCGAUACCGAAUUGCGUUUCGUCAACGGCUUCUUCACCUACGUCGCGUUCCUUGUGAUCCUUAUCUCCGGCAUUUUCAUCCUUCCUCUUUUCUUCCUCUGGGUUCCAUUCUGCGUCGAGACAUUCAAGGAUGUCGAGCAUUAUUGUUCCUCGUGUAAGGCAUGGAUCGGUACCUACAGACGUCUCGGAAAGAGCACAUAA